UUUACUUUUGCCUUUCAUUCAUGUCAUUUCUAGAUAUGAAUUUUCUUAUUCGUCCAUAGUUCAAUCAAUAAUAAAAAAAUAUUUAUUGUAAAUUUUAUUAUAGCAAAUGAACGUGACGCCAAGAGUUUGUAAAUUACAUGCAAUUUUUCGUCGUGGUAUAGUGAACUAUCUAUCUCGACCUUAUUUAAACCUGAACAUUUUUACGAAGAUGGUUCGAAAGUUCCCUGCAAUCUCCCACCAGUUUAAAGAAGCAAAAGACAAAGUAGGAUCUUUAAUUCAAGAUCCAGGGAAUGAAUUGAAGUUAAAGAUGUACGCCCUUUUUAAGCAGAGCUCAAUGAUCUCGACCUUAUUUAAACCCAUUGAACUCUACAACAACUGGAAGGCUAACUUGGACGCCAUCUUUGAAGCCUGCACGAGCGCCGCCAUUGAAGGUGAUGAAGAACAGACCACGUAUGACAACGAAUCACAGUAAACUCAGCCAUUUUGCUCUGAUGAGCAUUGAGGACAAUAUUCUAACAGAAAUAAACUUGGAAGAGCUUAUCAAAGACUGCCAGAAUAAAAUCGCAAUAACUACUUUAUCUCAAGUAGCAGCAUUCACUCGUCGUAUGCAACCGCUUUACACGCUAUAUUCGAAGUUUAUACUUUUAUCAAAUGCUUUACGAAAUUUGAAAGUAAAUUUUACUGUU